UGAUGUCCUAGCUGCCACUGGUCGCAGAGCCAUCUGAGACGGAGCAGCAGGAUCCCCCGAUGCUGUCAGUUGGCGAAUCUGUGGAACGAGGCUUGAGCACUACAGUUGCAGAGAGAAGCGAGAAAUUCUCCAAAGGUGGCCUGCCACCCUAUGGUGAUGAGGACUUAUCAGUGCUGUACUGGGAUGCUCGUCAUGCACGUUCUGGCGCCGCUUUUUUCGAUUGGUACCUGGAUUAUUCGAGGCUGCGGUCCGUCUUUCACCAAGAGUUCCCAGCGGCGGAGACGCAACCAGAGAUCUUGGACGUGGGCUUCGGCACAUCUGAGAUCCCCAUGCGCCUCUUCAGCGAUGGCUGGGAAUUUGUGACGGCCGUGGACCUUUCGGCGGGGAGUGUCCGUCUGGCACAACAACGACGGGAGCAGAAAUCCUUGCAGUUCCUCCAGAUGGAUGCCUGCAAGCUGAACUUUCCGGACCACUGUUUCCACGCGGUCUUCGACAAGGCCACCUUCGAUACCUUGGUGUGCUCCUCUCGGCCCAAUGUCUCAGCACAGGCCUACCUGUCGGAAGUCUUCCGCGUGUUGAUGCCGGGGGGUGUCUUUCUGAUGGUCACGCACUCGGGCCCUGCCGAGCGGAUGCCCUACUUGCUGCAGGACCCUUCGAGGGGAUGGAAAGUGCAGGCAGCAAGGAUUCCAAAGCAAAGCUCUCUGGACGGCGCCGAAGCUGAGGGCGAGACGGAAGAGGGCGAGGAGCUCCAAGAGGCGGCCGCGACAAAGUCGAGGGCGCCCUGCUACUGGCUCUUCCUCUGUACCAAACCAACGGAGUCACUGGAGAGCCACUAGGCAAAACUACUGGACAAAGUGCCCGUAGAGCUGCUGGAGGAAAAAACGACUUGCAGUUGAGAAA